UGUGCGUACUUUUUGCUUUACAAGUAAGGCUUGAAACAUGUCUGAAACAGCUCCUGCUGCUCCCGCUGCUCCCGCACCUGUGGAGAAGACACCUGUUAAGAAGAAGGCCAAGAAGACCAGCUCCGCAGCUGGGAAGCGCAAGGCGUCUGGGCCUCCGGUGUCCGAGCUCAUCACCAAGGCUGUGGCUGCUUCCAAGGAGCGCAGCGGCGUGUCCCUAGCUGCGCUUAAGAAGGCGCUGGCAGCCGCCGGCUACGACGUGGAGAAGAACAACAGCCGCAUCAAGCUCGGCCUGAAGAGCCUGGUGAGCAAGGGCAUUCUGGUGCAGACCAAGGGCACCGGCGCCUCCGGCUCCUUCAAACUCAACAAGAAGGCAGCUUCUGGCGAGGCCAAGCCCAAAGCAAAGAAAGCAGGGGCGGCCAAGGCAAAGAAGCCUGCGGGCUCAGCCAAGAAGCCCAAAAAGGCUACCGGUUCCGCCACACCCAGGAAGACCAAGAAGACCCCGAAGAAAGCCAAGAAGCCCGGUGCUACUGCCGGCGCCAAGAAAGUUUCCAAGAGCCCGAAGAAGGUGAAGGCAGCUAAGCCCAAGAAGGCAGCCAAGAGUCCAGCAAAGGCCAAGGCUCCUAAGGCUAAGGCUACUAAGCCUAAGGCUUCUAAGCCGAAGGCCAACAAGGCAAAAAAGGCCGCUCCUCGCAAGAAGUAGAGUGGCGCGUCCUCCUUUGAAAAUCUCAAACGGCUCUUUUCAGAGCCACCUACAGAUCUCAUUCAAAAGAGCUGAGCUUGUUCUGGUAAGGUUAUUUUAGGUUUCCUCAGCCGGCUAUGGUCUGAGGCCAGCUAAUUCUGUACUCCACUUUGGGUGGUGUAGGUAAAAGCAUUCUGGACCUUUUCAAGUCAUAAUUUAGGGUAGGUUGUGUCAUUUUCCGCUCCAUUUUGGCUUCUGUCCAAAGUAAUAGUACUGAGCAUCUGCUCUGAACAUUGUUAUAUUUAAGCUCAGAGCUUGUUGGAAAGCCCUCACUUCUGGCGCCUAGGCUCUAUGCACAGGGACAUUUCAGCAAGCCAAUCCGGCAAUAGUUAAAGGCUCUAGUUGCAGUUUUUAAGUUUUCCUUUCCAACCCGUAUACAGACUUGUUUUGAGAAUUAUCCAAUCAAACCGUCCCCUCAGUCACUGUUGUGAAACCUUGCACCAAUCAGAGAUUGUGAUAUUAAGACUUAGGUUUAUACUGUGACGCUGGCUGACACUUUUUUCUCUGCUCCCGCCUCUGCUCACUUCAGAGUUACGGAAUUCAGCCCUAAGAGUGAGAGGCUGACAUGUUUUUAAUUUUUGUGUUGGCAGAGAAAUUACAAGAGCUACGAUUUCCCAAAGGUUUAGCCGGAGUUUUUAGGGGCUGAUCACAUGUCACUUUAAGCGUGGAAGCUUUUCUAAUACGUGCUUACGUUUUAGUAAAGAAAUCGAACAAC